AUGAGUACUCUUUUUUCUAAUCUAAAAGCUGAUGCUAAAUCCUUUUAUCCAGCUCAAACAACAAAUUUUAAAGAGACAGUGAUGAAACAAUUUUCUCAAUGGAGUUUCCAAGCAAAAGAUGGAAAGCUAGUAGACAGUAUAUUAACAGAAUGGUACACAGCAGGUACUUUGGAAAAAAUUCUCUCUCAACAGGAGAAGUUAUCACCUAAAGAAGCGCCAAAAGAGCAAAUGCCUUUGAAUAUUCUCUGUUACAAUGUGCAAGGAUGGGGUUCUAGAUGUCUGGAAGUAAUAGAUAUUGUUUAUAAAGUAGAUGCCUCCAUCUGUAUAUUUACUGAAGUUGGUGAAUUAUGGAAUACAUCUAAAAUUCUUCAUUUCGAAAUUUUUCAUCAAGACGGAACUAAUAAAAGUGGUGGUGUAUGUGUAGCUGUAGGAAAACAUUUAAAAGGAACAAGAUUAGAUUUUAGUGUUGAAAAUACAGUUAUUGUCGAUAUUAGUGGAUUGUCUGAAACAAUUAGAAUAAUUGCUAUUUACUGGCCGCAAGGCCAAAACAGAAAUUUAGACGAAUUAGAACCAUAUAUCAUUGAAAAUACAAUAAUCACUGGUGAUUCAACGCGUCCAUAA